AUGCGCUCCGCCCUUGCCCUCCUGGCUGCGCUCGCCUCAGUCGUCGCCGCGCAAGUCUACACCCUCGCGGACGCGUAUGUCGGGAGCGAGUUCCUCGGCACCUGGACCUGGCAGACCAUCGUCGACCCCACUAACGGCGACGUCAACUACGUCGACCUCGGCACCGCCGUCGCGCAGAACCUGACCUACGCUUCGCUAGACAAGUUCGUCAUGCGCGCGGACAGCACGAACGUCGUCGCGAACGGCACCCGCGGCAGGAACAGUAUCCGCGUCCUCUCCAACAGGGCGUACUCGGACUCGGUCGCCGUGCUGGACCUCGAGCACAUGCCGCAGGGAUGCGCUACCUGGCCCGCCUUCUGGUCGCUCAGCCAAACCGGGCCCUGGCCCGACGGCGGCGAGAUCGACAUCAUCGAAGGCGUGAACCUCCAGACGGGCAACCUCAUGUCCCUCCACACCUCCCCGAACUGCACCAUGCCCGCGACGCGCACGAUGUCCGGGGGCGUGACCUCCACGAUCUGCGACGCGGACUACAACUCGAACCAGGGCUGCGGCGUCUCCGGGGCGCCGCUCUCGUACGGCGCGGACUUCAACGGCGCCGCCGGCGGCUGGUUCGCCGUCCAGCGCGGCGCGGCGACCGGCAUCCGCGCGUGGUUCUGGAGCAGGCAGGACGCGGCGAGCGUCCCCCUCGCGGUGCAGUACCCCCUCGUCGCGGCCAUCACGGGCGUGAGCCCCGAUGCGAGCUGGGGCGAGCCGUAUGCAGUGUUCCCCAUGGACGCGGAGUGCAAUUAUGAGGAGCACUUCAAUGCGCACCAGUUCGUGUUUGAUCUGACGUUCUGCGGUGACUGGGCGGGGAGCGCCUACCCAACGAGUGGUUGCCCCGGGACAUGCACUGAUUUGGUCAACAACCACCCCGAGGCAUUCACAGAAGCGUACUGGGAAGUCAACGGCCUCUGGAUCUACACGCCCUUCGGUCAGCCGACAUCACCAAAUCCCCCUUACCCUUCGUCGUCAUAAGGUCAGAGCGUCUUGACGACUUGCGUUGCCCGCGCAGCACUGCACCGCGAAGGUCUCUUCGUGGAGACCGCUAGUCUAUCUUUCCCGUCAUUUCUUUGUGACUUUGAUACGUGGAUGCAUGACAUUGGAUAUGUAGGACCGAGCACAUUGCUAAUGUCACCUUUGUCGAAGUUUGCCCCGUCG